AUGUGGUUCUACGUGCUGAUAAAAAAAAUCUCUUGCAAACCGUGUACGGAGUGUUCAAAGAUCACGAGGGCUCUGAAGAAAAUCCUCGCCACGGAACUGAUCUUCGUACCGAUGGUGACCUUGACCGGCUUGACGGUGAUGAGUACCAUGAGCGGGAAAUGCUGGAGCGGCAUUGUUCAGGAUGUGGACGAGAAAUUUGCGGACAUAGUCUGGUUUAAUUGGAUCUAUUGGCCGCCCAUGCACGUUUUCAAGUAUAUUUUCUUCAUACCCAGGCACCAGGGUUUCUUCUUCAAGAUGGCGUACCUGCCGUGGGCCAUCUACUUGUCCUGGAAGUACCAUUUGGAUGAGUGCAAAGGAUGCUGUUGUCAGGAGUGCAAAGAUUAG